UAUAGGCUUGUCUAUGGUAAGGCGUGUCAUUUUCCAGUAGAGCUAGAGCACAAGGCCUUCUGGACCCUUAAGAUGCUAAACCUGGAUUUGAGUGUUGCAGGUAGUGAACGUAAGCUGCAACUGUUGGAGUUGGAGUAAUGGCGUUACCACGCCUACGGGAACACCAUGCUCUACAAAGAGCGAACGAAGCGUCUCUACGACACUCAAUUGAGGGGCCCAAAGGAGUUUCAGGUAGGUGAUCGUGUUCUUCUCUUCAAUGCACGCCUGAAACUCUUCCCAGGAAAGCUACGUUCGAGGUGUUCGGGACCCUUCAUGGUCACCCAAGUUUUUCCGCACGGUGUCGUGGAGAUCAGCAAUGCUCAAACUAAGUCAUUCAAGGUGAAUGGCCACCUCCUAAAGUUGUACCUGGGAGGUGUUGUCGAGCGCACAAAGCUGCUGAUCAAGCUCGAGGACCCUUAGUUCCUCUACUGGCGUCCAGCUAAAAGACGGUAAAGAAGCGCUUGUGGGGAGGCAACCCCACCAAGGUUUGCAUUUCCUUUCCUUUUUAUUUUUGAUUUUUUGUGUUUUUUAGUCUUGAGGUGUUGUCCAAGGUUCGAAUGUCGAUUUUGUGCAAAAACAGGUCAAAUCCGGGGCUAUGGACUUCCACACGACCAGGCUUAAAUUCCACACGGUCGUGUGGAAUUGCCCUUUGGCCGUGUGAAGACCCUGUGAUUUCCACACAGGCAGCAGGGGCCUCUACACGACCGUGUGAAAACCUCGGCCAGCCCGUGUGGAUUUCUCGGCGUCACACGGGCAGAAACACGCUCCACACGGUCAUGUAGCCUGCCCGUGUCGCGACCCUGCGGCCUAUAAAUUCAGCCUGCAUAG